CCAAACAUGGCUGCUAAACAUCAAAACGAGGGCGCUGAUACCGCUUCAGAAGUCAAGAAGCCCAAGCAUGGCUUCAGAGUUGGUCCAGAGAAUUUGCCAGACGGUCCUUGGCGAAGAAAAGUUACCAAAGUCAAGAAGGAGUUGAUUCACAAGGCAAAGGUCAAGAAGGCCUAUGCGAAGAUCAAAGCUCGCGAACAAGAAAAUGCGCAACCGGCAAAGACAAGUGAGCCUGCUCAGGAUGAGACUCCAGUAGAGGGCGCUGGCGAGGACAAGCAACCAGAAGAGGAGGGCGAGAAGAUGCACCCCACGCGACAUCUCAUGUUGGCAGACGAGGCAAAGGCCCAAGAGAAUUCAGUCGGUGAGCCCAGUAGUGAUGGCAACAGACGGCGCACUCGACGGCCUGGCUACUACGAAAAGCAACUUGGCAAGGCGGCACAACUUCGCCAGGAACAAGAGGCGCGGCAAGCUGAGUUUCAGCGCAGACGCGAAGAGCGCGAGCAAAAGAUGGCCGACAGAGACCGCUACAAGAAGGCCAUGGCCAAGACUCGGGAUCGCAAUGGCAACAAGAAACUUGGCAGGGAGAGUUCGUUACUGCUCGACAAGGUCAGAAAGAUGGUCGCUGAGAAGAAGUAAAGAGACCGAGCGGCAUGGUUUGGUCUGAUUUGGUUUGGCUUGCGCAUGAAAGAGAAUGAGAGGGCGUUCGAGAGAUUUGUUAUUGGGUUAGACAAAAGUUGACACACAAGUUUGAUACCAAACGGCCGCUAUAAUCACAUCAAUUCAAGGCCAGAUGAUUAUUUGAG